UCUCCUUCUUCCCGCAAAAAUGAGCCCAGAUCCUACUCGAGAUGAAGCUUUGGUGGCUGCUGUCAAAAGCGCAAAACCUCCAAGACCGAAUAAAUGGCGACCGUUACUUAGACUUUUGAUCUUUCAUUUCCUAACGGUAGGAACAUUGCCAAUAGCAUUUUUGGCAAACUUUAUUCGUGCUGCAAUUCCAUUCCUAAGGCCGCAUAGAAGGAUGUCAUUUGUUGCUGCUUUAGGUACAUUAAUGGUACGCUAUUCAAUCAGAAUGAUGGUUCUUACAAGCUUUCAACCUCUACCGCCUCGUGAACAUGGAUGGCGUGAACAACCUGGUUUGAUCGGUGCUUCAUUAGCAACUUUGAAUAUGAGCGGACCAGGAAGUAGAGUUGCUCAUCCACUUCUCACACUAAAAGCAGCAACCAAACAGGCUCAUAAACAAUCCGGUAAACGCAGAAAUGAUCGUGUUUGGUUUGAUGCUCCUCAAUUACCUUAUUAUCGUGGUAUCUUAACAUUAAAACAUGGUAAAGGAGAACCGCAAAAAGUGCAGGGAUGUUCGACAUAUAAUGGACCUGCAAUGGUCGAUAUUGCAUGGACAAAAUCACGUACACGUGGUUUCUGGUUCUUGCCAAAUGGUGAAAAACAACAUCCACCAGCUCGCGAACCUGGAGGUCAGAAAGAGCCAGUCGUUCUAUACUUCCAUGGUGGAGCAGGUGUAACAUUCUCUGCAGGUGAUUUGUUCAUGGGUGAAGUUCUUGCUUCAAAUCUUGCAAAAUCGUCCAAAUUACCAGUCUUCUCUGUUGAUUACAAUUUGGCUCCUUAUGCACCUUUCCCUAUCCCUCUCGUUCAAGCUUUAGGCGGUUAUCUCUACCUAACUGAUACGUUGGGUUAUCGUCCUGAUCAAAUCUUUAUCGGAGGUGAUAGCUUUGGAUCACAUUUGACUUUGGCACUUGAACGUUAUUUGCGCUUAGAGAUGCCAGAGGUUCGAGGAGAUGUAGAAAAUCAAACAAUUGCCGCACCAGGAUUACUACUUCUAAGUCCUUGGCUUUCAACGUUAAACGAUCCAUGGAAAUCAAGACCUGCAAAUAUUGGCUCGGACAUUAUCACUUUAACAUACGGAGAUUGGGGUGUUGAAUCAAUGCAAUUAGGACCAAAGUACGAAAAACGUUGUUCGUUGGAUUUAUUGGAUCCGUGGCUUUCACCUGUCUACAAGAGUGUAGAAGAAAUGUCUCAACUUCCACCAAUGUUUGUAGGAAACGGAGGCGUUGAAGUUUUACUAGAUGAAGGAAAAGAAUUCGUUCGUAAAGCAAGACAAGCAAAAGCUGAUGUUACCCAUGUUAUCACACCUUUCCAACCUCACGACUUUUAUACCCUACCUUUUGCUCUUCCACACUCAAGAAAAGUUUAUACGCAAUUUGGUCAUUGGGCUCGCAAACAUGUCGAUUAUGCACCUUAUGUAAUCUCCUCGUAAAAAAGUACAUUUGCAAUGAAUUGUUGUUGGUAUAUAUGGGGUGCAGCCUCUCCUUCCUUAUUCCUCAGUAGCAGCUUCAUGUUCAAAGACAUAUUCUCUCCGUCUUUCUUCUUGACGAUGUAGAAGAUAAGGAUCGAACGAAGGUGGCAAGAUUUCAAUCAUUUCCGGCGUCAACUGUUUCAGGGAAGUGAUACCUAGUAAACGCAUUCCACGUUCGAUUUCAUCUUUCAUGAUUUGAAUGGCUCUACUUGCACCUUCUUGUCCAUAUCCUGAUUGAGCAUAUAAGAACGGUCUUCCGAGACCAACACCUUUUGCACCCAAAGCCAGUGCUUUUAGAACAUCUGUUCCUCUUCUUACACCUCCAUCGAUCAAAACGUCAAUCUUUUGUAAUAGAUCAG